GUCUUUUCAAUAUCGUUGUUGAUUGGCCAAAGCCAAACAAAUUGGCACCAAACCUUUUGCCAUCUCCACAAAACAACAAAACCUUAAAUUAAAAUCACACAAAAUUCACUUCACCUCUCAACCAACAACAUCAAACUGUUCCUUUUCCAAGGUAGUUAUGGCUAUGGCUGGAACAGGAACUCUGAAUCUCUCCCAAUUCUCACUCCACAAACCUCUUUCAUUUUCAGCUACAAAACUACCAAGAACCAGAAUUUGCAUUAGAGCCAUGUCAGAAACAGAAAACAACCCUUCCACUUCUGUCACCACACAACAAGAUACUCCUUCAACUUCAUCAUCAGUGUCAAUUUCUCCUCCUCCCAAUUUCAAGCCACCUGAAGCUAAACGCUUUGCUAUUAGAUCAGACAAGACUUUUGAGAUCCUUGCUGCUUCUCUUCCAUUGUUCUUUCGUUUUGCUACUGGAGUUUUCGUUUCUGGGUAUUCUUUCUCAUUUGUUUCUAAGGAUGAAAUUCCACCAAAUGAAUAUGUUUUUAAACUUUCUGGCAUUACAGUUAAAGAAACAUCAAAGGUAGGCGCUCGACCAGAGAAGCCUAUUGAGAUAUAUGAAUUUGAAAGCUGCCCAUUUUGUCGGAAGGUUAGAGAAAUAGUUGCUAUUUUGGACCUUGAUGUUCUUUUCUAUCCUUGCCCAAGAAACAGUCCAAAUUUUCGUCCGAAGGUUGUUCAGUUGGGUGGUAAACAGCAGUUCCCUUACAUGGUUGACCCAAACACUGGCGUUUCAAUGUAUGAAUCAGAUGACAUAAUUCGGUAUUUGGUCGGCAAAUAUGGUGAUGGAAACGUUCCUCUUGCUUUAUCACUUGGAUUUUUAACGUCAUUGACUUGUGGUCUAUCUAUGCUUGGUCGUAUUACAAAGGGAACAACAUAUACUCCAGCAAAGUUACCACCACAACCGCUUAAAUUAUGGGCGUAUGAGGGAUCUCCUUUCUGCAAAAUUGUACGGGAAGUACUUGUGGAAUUAGAGCUGCCACAUUUGCUUGUCAAUUGUGCUAGGGGUAGCGCAAAACGAAAUAUACUAUAUCAGAAAACCGGACAUUUCCAGGUACCAUUUUUGGAAGAUCCAAACACUGGUAUAGAAAUGUUUGAGAGUGCAGAAAUCAUAGACUACAUUAGAGCAACUUACACUCUUUAGUAAUACAUUGCAUAUCAAUAUCACUUUCAUGAAAAAAAUAAAAAGCUUACGCUCGUAAGCGAUUUUUUGUGAAGCGUAUGAGAUCUUUUACUCAAUAUCUUGUUAAGCCUGACUCCUGUCUUCUUUUCAUCUUGUAAAAUUUAAAUUGGUUCUUACUUAUACAGGUAAAUCAAUUUGUUACUAUAGCAAAAAUAUCAAAUAGUGGAUUUAAUUUGCCUCAAAAA